ACCCCCGCGGGGGGCAAUGCCAGCGAGUGUGACUGCCACGAGUGGCACUACCGCAUCAGAGCCGGCCUCGUCCAAAACGUCGUGAGCAAGUGGGAUCUUGUUUGUGAUUCUGCCUGGAAAGUCCACAUUGCUAAAUUCUCUCUACUGGUAGGAUUAAUCUUCGGCCACUUAAUAACAGGAUGCAUAGCUGACUGGGUUGGUCGACGGCCUGUGCUGCUCUUCUCUGUCAUAUUCAUUUUGAUAUUUGGACUGACUGUGGCACUCUCAGUGAACGUGACCAUGUUCAGCACACUCAGGUUUUUUGAGGGGUUUUGCCUGGCUGGAAUAGUCCUCUCCCUCUACGCACUGCGGAUAGAGCUCUGUCCUCCUGGGCACCGGUUCAUGAUCACCAUGGUGGCCAGCUUCAUCGAAAUGGCGGGGCAGUUCCUCAUGCCAGGGCUGGCUGCCCUUUGCAGGGACUGUAUUUUCCCAGAGUCCCUUCGGUGGCUGAUGGCUACGCAGCAGUUUGAGGCCUCCAAGGAACUGAUCCUCCAGUUCACGCACAAGAACAGGAUGAGCACGGAAAGCGACAUCAAAGGAGUGGUGCCCGAGCUGGAAAGGGAGAUCACCAGGAGGCCGAAGAAAGUCUGCAUUGUUAAAGUGGUGGGAACCAGGAACCUGUGGAAAAACAUCGUAGUACUGUGUGUGAACUCGCUGACUGGUUACGGCAUACACCACUGUUUUGCAAAAAGCAUGAUGGGGCACGAAGCGAAGAUGGCCAUCACCCACAACUUCUACGCUGACUACUACACCAUGGCUGGGAUCGCGCUGGCAUCCUGCCUGGCCAUGUGCCCGGUAGUCGGGUUUCUGGGGAGGAGAGGAGGACUCCUGCUUUUCAUGAUCCUUACAGCCCUGGCAUCGCUUCUGCAGCUGGGCCUUCUCAACUUGAUUGGAAAAUACAGUCAACUUCCAGACUCAGGUAUGAGUGACAGCGUCAAAGACAAAUUCUCUACCGCCUUUUCCAUCGUGGGUAUGUUUUCUUCGCAUGCCGUCGGAAGCCUCAGCGUGUUCUUCUGUGCUGAAAUCACACCCACAGUAAUCAGGGGCGGCGGGCUGGGGCUGGUCCUGGCCAGCGCGGGUUUCGGCCGCCUGACCGCCCCCAUCAUGGAGCUCCACAACCAGAAAGGCUACUUCCUCCACCACGUCAUCUUCGCCUGCUGUACGCUCAUCUGCAUCAUCUGCAUCCUGCUGCUGCCGGAGAGCAAGAACCAGAACCUGCCCGAGAACAUCCCGGAUGGGGAACAUUACACCCGGCAGCCCCUCCUGCCGCACAAGAAGGGGGAGCAGCCUCUUCUCCUGACAAACUCUGAACUCAAGGAUUACUCCGGCCUCCAUGACUCAGCAGCUGUGAGCGACGGGAUCUCCGAGAACACCACUGCCAAUGGGAUGAAGUCCAUGUAACUGGGUGGAUUUUUCUUUUUUUUUUUUUCCCUUCUUUUUUUUCGUUGGGUGGUUUUCGUUGGGUUUUUUUUCCCUUCUGUUCUUUCUUUUUUAUUUUAUUUGAUGCUGUUGUGCAGGAGGAGCAGCACUUUGGGCAAAGGUGUUUUGCACAGGUUUUACAAACCAGUGAUGGAGCGGACGCAGACUUGGGAGAAUUCAACUCUGCUGCUAAAAGCAGUUUUUGGCAUCUUCAACUGUUGUGCAGAUUGCUCUUGAAAAAGUCAUGGGGGAAAAGACUCAUCUGAGAAAAGACCUGGCUGAAGGUAGCCCUUCAGAACUUUUUUCCUGCCAUUAAAUAUGUAUAUUUAUUUUGAUUUAUUCUCAAGAAGCACUUUAUUUCCUUUUCCUUUCAUAGAUCACAAAAAUGAAGCCAUCUUAUUAUAAGAGGUGCAACCAUUCCAAGAAAAGAAACCAUGGGGGGUGGGGGUGGGGCUGUUUUCUGUUUUGUUUUUGUGUUUCUUUAAAGGAAAGAGGGAUCCACUGCAAAGUUGAAUUGACUGGAAUGCAGACUUGUGCAACGUUCUUCUGCCUGUCUAGAAAGUCCAAGCGCCCAGGUUGCCUGCUGUGUUUGUAUA